UCUCUCUCUCUCUCUCUCUCUACAUAAAUACAUACAUAUAAACGUCUAUUGUAUUUUAAAUUGAUCAGUCAAGCAGUUGAUCGUCCUGAGUUUGUGUUUUCGUGAAUCUAAAAAGGAAAAAAUGUCAAAACCCUCAACAAGAAUUAUCCUGAGACAGCUUCUUCAUUACCACAUUCCAUCAAAACCCUCAUCACCCGCUAACCCAACUGCUGGUACUGGCAUAUCUCAAUUUCUCUCUCAUCACCCAAAGCACAGUCCUCUCACUCCAUGGAUUUCGAUUUCUCAGAGAGCCCACUUCUCAUCAUCUUCAACACCAUCAUCGAUUUCAAGAAUCUUCCAAAACCCAGCUCAAAAACUUAGCCCCCAAACCAAUUUGUUGUCUAAUAAGAACUUUCUAGGGUUUAGGUACUUAACCUUCAAAACUUCAGAUUUAGGUACUAAAAUUAAAGGGAGUUCGAUGAAGAAUGCGGUGAAAAAUCCGGUGUCGGCCGUUAAGGAUGGGGUUUCGCGGUACAAGCAAGCGGUUGGGCUGCAGAUUGAGGCGUUCUGGAAGAGGAAUAAUCUGGUGCUGUUGGGUGCGGCAGGUGUUAUGGUGUGCAUACUGUUGUGGAAGCUUUUGUUUGGGGUUGCCAACACAUUCAUUGGGUUAUCAGAAGGCAUGGCCAAAUAUGGCUUUCUUGCUCUUUCCUCCGCUAUCGUCGCAUUUGCUGGCUUGUAUCUCCGUUCAAGAUUCACCAUCAAUCCUGACAAAGUUUAUAGAAUGGCCAUGAGGAGGCUUAACACAUCUGCUGGGAUUCUUGAGGUUAUGGGUGCUCCACUCUCAGGGACAGAUUUGAGAGCAUAUGUGAUGUCAGGAGGAGGGAUUUCACUGAGAAACUUCAAACCAGGGUUUCGGAGCAAGCGAUGUUUUCUCAUCUUUCCAAUACGAGGCUCUGAGAGAAAAGGGCUAGUCAGUGUUGAAGUCAAGAAUAAAAAAGGCCAGUAUGAUAUGAAGUUAUUGGCGGUGGACAUUCCCAUGGCAACAGGACCUGACCAGCGCCUGUUCCUGAUAGGGGACGAAGAAGAGUAUGGGGUUGGUGGUGGAAUGAUUUCUGAACUAAGAGAUCCUGUUGUGAAAGCAAUGGCAGCAACCAAGGAGUUUGAAGAUCGUGAUCAAAUGGAGGAUGAGGAGGAUGCCGAAAGAGAACUUCAAGAGGCAGAAAGAAAGCACCGUGAAGAAAUUGAAAAGCUUGAAAAAGAUGGCUCAUAGUGAUUUGUUUCAUUUCGUUUGCCUACAUAUUGUUUGCUGUUUUAAAAUUUUCACUGGCUUUUUGUUCCUUGACCAGCCAAACGGGAAAGAUAACUGUAACUGAUAUAAGGGCUCAUUGCGUCAAAUAUAGAGUCAAGUUUUGCAAGGUUUGAAUUACCUUGUACGGCUAGUGUUGAUAAUUCCACAGUGAUAACUUUGAGAUGUGUGUCCAACUGUGCCCAACUGAGACAUAUGGAGCAUGUCCUUGGGGCAUUUCUUAAUAGUUCAGAUUUAGUUUCAGCGAUGUUCAUGUUACCAUGUAAUAAAUCACGUUGCUUGAUAUUCCAAAGCUGCAAAUUCUGUGUCCCCAUUGGACUA